UAAAUUACUUUUUAAAUACUACUAGAAUACUUUAAUCUUUGCUACUAAAUAUUUAACUAAUGUAGUAUUUUGACAUAUGUUGUGAUAAUAAUUUAUAGAGGAAACACUGAACAAUAUUGGCAACGAACGACAUAUUGGUGGGAUUUUGUGCUUUAUUAUCAAAAAUUCAAAUGUCCCGGAAGUCUUCAGUGUCUCUAUUGCAAGAAUAUUGUGCUAAGAACAAUAUACCUGCUCCGAUAUAUGACUUUAUAACAUCUGUCGACGGCGGAUUUACCUGCAACGUACGCUUUAUGGAUGUUGAAGAGUACGGCAACGGCCGAAGUAAGCGAGACGCCAAACAUAAUGCUGCAGCAAAUUUGGCCAAACGAUUGCGUUUAGCUGAUUCAAUAAAUGAUGUUGCUGUCAAAUUUGAUACGGGUGAAAUGCCACUUACUGACAUGAUCAUCUUAUUGAGGGAUUAUUGCGUACAACAUAAGUACCCGCUUCCCGAAAUAGAAAUUGUAAAUCAAGCUGGGACUCCUGAUGCACCUUUAUUUACUGCCGCUUGUAGUAUAGCAUCUAUAAAACGAUAUGCUGAAUCUGAAAAUAAAAAGGAUGCUAAACAAAAAGCCGCUUACCGAAUGCUUUCAGUUAUAACAAGUUGCGAUGAUGUAAGCUUGGAUACACAGUUGGCUACAAGUACUACGCAAACUGAAAGCGACGAAAGCAAGUACUAUAAACAUUUUAGAUCUUACCGUGAGUUAAAGGAGGAUGCAGGAUGCCAAACGAUAGGUGUACUAUUAUCUGAACGGCAUAAUUACUUCAAGAAUUUUUAUGACGAGCUUAAAUCAACCGCAUUAAACGUUAUUGACACAAAAUACGAUAAUGUUGAAAAACAAGCCUUUGAUGUUUUAAAGGCUUUAAAACUUGAACACGUGUUAUCAGAAAUACCAACUAUAAAAGAGGGGGACAACUUCACAGUCAUAAAACUUAACUGUGAAUAUGAAGUAAUAUUUUGUGCUAAACAAGAUAAAAUUUACCAGGAGAUUGUUAACUAUUUUAAGGUAAUGCUACAAUAAAAUCAAAAAAGGAAUAUAUUUAUAUACAUUGAGGUGAUGUAGCACUUAGUAAGAAAGUCGCAAUUAUUACAAAAUGAUUUGAAGCAUAGUUUUAAGUGGCUGUGAGAUUUAAGAAAAAAAUGCUUUGA